GAGUGUGGGAAGAGUUUUAUUAAGCAGAGUCAUCUCCAACAACAUCAGCGGAUUCAUACAGGAGAGAAACCAUAUCACUGCUCAGAGUGUGGGAAGAGUUUUACUAUGCAGAGUAAUCUCCAAAGACACCAGCGCAUUCAUACAGGAGAGAAGCCAUAUCACUGCUCAGAAUGUGGGAAGAGUUUUACUACGCAGAGUCAUCUCAAACAACACCAGCGCAUUCACACAGGAGAGAAGCCAUAUCACUGCUCAGAGUGUGGGACGAGUUUUACUACACAGAGUAAUCUCCAACAACACCAGCGUAUUCACACAGGAGAGAAGCCAUAUCACUGCUCAGAGUGUGGAAUCAGUUUUUCUCGUCAGACUACACUCCAACAACACCAGCACAUUCACACAGGAGAGAAGCCAUAUCACUGUUUAGAGUGUGGAAAGAGUUUUGCUUACAGUAAUGCCCUUAAAGUACACCAGCGUAUUCACACAGGAGAGAAAUCGUAUCACUGCUCAGUUUGUGAAAAGAGUUUUACUCACAGAAGUGCCCUUAAAGUACACCAGCGUAUUCACACAGGAGAGAAACCAUAUCACUGUUCAGAGUGUGGAAACAGUUUUGCUGAUUAUGGUACCUUUCAAAAACACCAGCGUAUUCACACAGGAGAGAAACCGUAUCACUGCUCAGAGUGUGGAAAGAGUUUUACUCACAGUAGUGCCCUUAAAGUACACCAGCGUAUUCACACAGGAGAGAAACCGUAUCACUGUUCAGAGUGUGGAAACAGUUUUGCUGAACAUGGUACCUUUCAAAAACACCAGCGUAUUCACACAGGAGAGAAACCGUAUCACUGCUCAGUGUGUGGAAAGAGUUUUACUCACAGUAGUGCCCUUACAGUACACCAGCGUAUUCACACAGGAGAGAAACCGCAUCAAUGCUCAGUGUGUGGAAAGAGUUUUACUCACAGUGGUGCCCUUAAAGUACACCAGCGUAUUCACACAGGAGAGAAGCCGUAUCACUGCUCAGAGUGUGGAAAGAUUUUUGCUCAUGAAAAUAAUCUCAAACGGCAUCAGCGU